UCCACCCAGGAAGGUAACUCAUACACAGAAUCUUUAGAGGAUCAGAGGGUCCUAAUCUGCUUCUGAGGCUUCAUCAGAGCUUUAGAGAAGAGACGCUGGGAUUUAGAUUUAACUAGUGCAACUGGAAUACAGUGAUAAUGCCGUCCCAUAAGAAGAUUCUGCAUUUCAUGUCCAGUGCAUUGGUUACUUCCAUAUCUGUUGGGGUGAUGGGAUAUGGCAUGUCAACACAGUGGGCUAAGACGACCAUGGAGUGCACAAGAGAUGGAAGUAGCUUCCUCAACGGAACUGCUGUGAUCACUUUGGAGCUUUUUGUUGGAAACAUGGACAGAACCUUUUGCCCUGUGUACGGAAGUGUUAAUGAAUUUCAAGUGAUUCCUAAAUUGGUAGAAACAGGAGUUACUCCUUUAGUCCUGCACACUUUGGUUUUGUGCCUGUUGGCCAUGUGUCUGCUGUCUUCUGUGGGCAGCAUCCUUAUCUCCCUCUACAACAGUGUCAGUAACCCAUAUGAGACCUACAUGGGGCCUGUUGGCAUCUACACCUGCAGCUCUCUCAGCACAUGUUUGUCUUUUGUGGUCCUUAUCAUAUUUGUGUUGAACGUCAACGUGACCAACAUGGCAGAGGAUCUGGUGAGGAACUUUGCUGAUGCUGUUCCAGUGGACCUGAGCAACAAGUCUUCAGAGAUGCAGCUAGGGUACUACCUGGUCAUCCCUUAUACAGUGCUCUCUCUCCUCGCCAUUGCUUUGAUCUACAUGUACGACCACGCAGCCUACACACAUAGGAGAGAACAGCAGAGGCCUACUGAGGACGCGCCCAAGGAGAUAAUGAUGUAUUAGUGGCCUGCAAUGGAGUCAGUUUUCUGUGACUGAUAAAUUGCUCAUCAAGACUUUCUGGAGUAGUUUACUGUAAUGGAGAAUUACAGACAGAAAUUGGAUGUGUGUACAGUAAAAUGUGGAUGUACAGCUUGUCUAAUUUAAUAUACAUAGAAUACCACAAUGUCAUGUUUUUACUGGCUUUGCACUAUGAGCAACAGUUUUAUAAUUUCAGUGAUUUAACAUGAAGUUACCACAUUGCAAAUUAUUUGCUGAUACAAUACGUUUAUUAGUAUGUAAAUCAAUUUAGGUUAAUAUCUUUUAGAUUUUUAACUGACAUUAUUUCUUUUGUGUAAAAACAAUGUAACGGUUGUUGGUUUAGUAUGAUAGAAACAGAAUAAUUUUUUUAUAUAGAGAUAUGAUGUAUUAUGUGUAUGAAACAAUAGUUUGCAUAAAAUAAGUGAACGGACAGAUGAGAUGAGGUUGUUCUCCACUAUAUUUUAACGGAUGGAUUUUUCAAGAAAUAUUAUAGCCAACUUUUAUCUUUAUUUUAGUUAUUUAAUGUUCCAGAUUUGCCAAAAGAAUGGCUAAGAAACAAUGUAGCUGGUGAGUAAAUCAUAUUUUUUGUGAAAAAUCUAAAGGUUGAAUUUAAAUAAAAGGCGAGAGAAGUGGAGAAAAGUGUGAAGAGGCAUAUGGGGAUAAAUUGAUCUCUUCUGCCCUCUAUCUCUGAGAUGGCGUAAAUGCAAAGCAAUGUCUCCUGCCAAAUUUCAAGUCACACACUUAUUGAAACCGGAGUAAAAGAGAAAAUGAUUUUACUAAUUUUCUUUUUAAUCAGUCUUUAAUCAGUCAUGGCUGACAGUUGUUGGUGUUUGUUUAUUUUUUAUUAUGGGAUAUUUCUGUCAAAUUAUCUGACUAAAAAAAGACAAAAUGCAAAGUAAAAUAGCUGUCAUUCAUCUUACAAUCUCCAGGAGGGAGCACUGACACCACACAUACUUGGAUUUUCACAGGCAUUACCAAGACUGGAAAACUCCAGACUUGGGAUAGACCAGCGUUUCCCAAGCUUUUUGUCAGAUGUACCCCACAGCCCUGUCAGAUGAACUCAAGUACCACUUCACAACACCACCUGUCCUAUUCCAAAUGUGUCCAUUUGAGUUGAUUUUAAAUUGGAUGUUAUUUAACACUAUUGAUUAUAUAAAAGUGGAUAUUGUUAAAUAAUGUUUUCAUAAAAUCAGUCAGUCAGU